ACAGUCGCAUUGGUGCACAACAUGCUAACGAUGCUACAGCUUCGUGGCUCGGCAAAAGCCAAAUUCAGUUCAAAAUCAACUAGCGCCGGAAGUAGACGUGUGUCAGUUAAGUAACGUUAAGUGCUUAAGUGCUCUAGAGACGCUGCGUUACGGUCUAACACGGUAUUGCGGUGCAGUGCUUGACUACUUUUAUUGCUUUUGCGUAUGCGAUUUGGCGAGCGUUGCGGUGAAGCGCAUAACUUUUUUGUUGUUUGUGUUUGUGUAAUAUCUGGCGAUAGUAAAUAUUCUGUGUGUGAUAAAAUUAUAAAAGUUAAAUAAAAGUCAAAGUGAGAUUGCUUCUGAUGUGAGUGAUAUUUAUGUGUUGCAGCUGUGUGGCAAGUGCAUAUCAUCGCUGCAAUGGCAAAAGCCGAAGGGUAAUCAAAUAAAGACGAGUUUACUGCUUGAAAAUGCAUAGCUGCCCCAGUAAUGGUUGUGCUCACCAAUAGCCGUGUAUAUGUGCCGUUUUAUGCAUGCAGCGCAUUGCAACGUGAAGCAGUAAAGUGCCGUUAGUCGGUCUAACGGUGCACUUAAUUUUAUGCGCCAGCUGGCAAUUCGUAAGCGCUGCUACCGGCAGCACAACGCUUUAUGGGCACGAGAAAAAUAUAUCAAUUUCCAACGCACUAAUUAUGAAAUAUUUAUGAAAACUCCAACUAAAUUAUAAUUUUCUGCCACGGAAUGUAAUGACAUUAAAAAAAAAAAGAAAUAAUAUAAAAACAUGCUCAUUACCAAUAUCAACCACUUCCAACACAUAUCAAAUCGACAUAAUCAGCAGCAAGCGACCUAGCGCAACAAAGCCAUUAUCUCGCCACAGUAAGCAUAUCAAAACGCAUGCGGGUCGCUUGCGUAAGCAACAACAAAAAAUUAUACAAUAAUUUAAAAAAUAAUAAUUGCAUAGCCCAAAAUUAGUUGGCUUCUAUUGCAUUUGAACGCAACGCAACACAACGACGGCCAGCUGUUAAAAUGUUCAUAAUUACGGUCAUUAAGUUGCUGCUAAUUGCGCUGAACCUCUUCCCCAGCCGCUGGACGAAUCGGAAAGUGAUGUUCCUCAUCUAUCUAACAAAUCUGGUGACACAUGUGAUGAUGGAUGAGCCACGCUUUGCACAGCCGAUACCGAAUGUAACAGUUGCUGUUGGACGAGACGCCAAUUUGCCAUGUGUUGUUGAGCACUUGGGUGGCUAUAAGGUCGCUUGGAUACAUAUCGAUCGCCAAAUGAUACUCACAAUACACCGGCACGUGAUCUCACGGAUACCACGCUAUAGUAUUACCUAUGACAAUGCCAACACAUGGUUGUUGCAUGUAAAUCAAGCGCAUCAAGAUGAUCGCGGCUAUUAUAUGUGCCAAGUAAAUACGAAUCCAAUGAUUAGCCAAGUGGGCUACUUGCAGGUUGUGGUACCACCGAAUAUCUUAGACAUCGAAAGCACACCCUCAUCCGUGGCUGUGCGUGAAAAUCAAAAUAUUAAUAUGACUUGCCGUGCUGAUGGCUUUCCAACACCGAAAAUCAUUUGGCGUCGCGAAGAUGGCGAGGAAAUUGCCGUGGAAAAGAAGAAGAAAGUUUUGGUCUACGAUGGCGAAGUCUUACCCUUGACCAAAGUUAGUCGCAAUGAAAUGGGCGCGUAUCUAUGCAUUGCCACAAAUGGUGUACCGCCCUCGGUGUCUAAACGAAUCAUACUGGAUGUUGAAUUUUCUCCUAUGAUUUGGGUACCAAAUCAACUUGUUGGCGCACCAGCUGGUACCGAUGUCACAAUUGACUGUCAUACGGAGGCACAUCCAAAAGCAAUCAUUUAUUGGGUAUAUAAUUCAGUCAUGGUUCUGCCAAGUAAGAAGUAUAAAACGGACUAUACGGAGAAUUCCUAUCGCGCUCACAUGAAACUGACAAUAAGAAAUUUACAAUACGGUGACUUUGGCAACUAUCGAUGCAUAUCUAAGAAUUCGCUUGGUGAAACGGAAGGAUCCAUACGUGUUUACGAAAUUCCACUGCCAUCAACGCCCUCAAAGCAGGUGACACAUACCACAAUUGAAACCAGAGAAAACAACAUCAUACCCACACGCAACGACUCACUUAAUGCUAUACAAAAGGAUAUAUCGCUGAUGAAAGCAGAUUUACUGGGUAGUGGCUCAUCAUCAGCUUCCUCUUCACACUCCGCCACUGCAUCUAUGUCUGGAGGAAAUGGUAAUAGUCUGUCAGCGCUGGGAGGCUCCGGUAUAAAUGCCAUUGAUCGAAAAGGCACGUUGGCCAUUGGCAAAAGUAUGUACUACACAGAGCAGCCACCGAAGGAAUUGGAUGGUUCAGCGGCUGGCACUUUACAUAAAUCACCAAGUAUCUUCUACUUGUGUAGAUUUGCGUUAAUAUUCUUACUACUAAGAAAUCAAUCAUAAAAUUUAUGGUGUUAAGGGUAUUUAAAUAUUAUAAAAAAUAACGAAUGAGAUUAUUAAAGCAUUAGAUAUAACAUAAUUGUAACAUAUGGUAUAUUAAAUAUUUAUAUUGUUUUAGAUAUGCAAACACGCGUUGAAAAGUUGGCUAUGUUAUAAUUUAAUUAAAUAGUAAAGAUAUAUAUGAUCAUAUUUUUUAUGACCGCAGUGUUUGCUAAAAAACUAUUAGUUGGGUAAAGGGAAAAUCAUUAUGUGCUUUUUUAUAAAAAGCUAAUAAUUGUGACUUGCGCAAUAUUAGUACUUUCCAAAGUUCAAAAAUUUACUGCUACGAUAACUUAAUCAGCAGAUGUAAUAUCGUUUUUAGACAGCCAAAUUAAUUGAUCAGUCAAAAUUUUUAUUGAGAAACCAUUUUUUGCCUUUUAUACUGCCGGCUACCCGAUAACCGUAGCUUAUUUUAUUAAAAAAUACAGCCAAUCACAGACAAAGAACGAGAAAUAAAUAAUUUCGAAAUGAAUUUAGAUCAGUAGCAUUCAAAAUAUAAUAUUCUUUAGCUUUGUACGAGCUUUGUUUUCAAUAUUUCAAAGCUCAUCUAGUCGGUCAGCUUUAUAUAUCAACUCACAAAAUAUCAUUCCUUUAUAUCGAUUGAUAUUAUUGAAUCUAUUCUCUCUAAUGAUUUUCCCUAAACUCCACCUCAUUUUGCGUGGUCUCAAGGCAUGGCAAUAAUUAAUUUGCUCAGUAUUUGAUAUUUAUUCUUAAGCCGCUUAAUUUCGUAAAGAAUUUUUUUACAUGCAUAUAUUAAAUGUUUUGUAUAUAGACUUUGAAAAGGCAUAAAUGUUAUUAGCAUAUAUAUUAUAUAUACAUGUAUGUAUGUAUGUAAGCAAAGCUUAUCAGUUAUAUUUAUAGCAUAUGCAUAAGUAUUUACAAAGAAAUUAUAUAUAUGUAUGAGUGUAAUUUAGCUGCUAAGAUGUAGGAUAAAUACAUUGAUAAGAACAUACUUUACAUAAAUAUUUCCAAAUACAUAAAAGCAAAAAUGUGAGGGAAAAACUUAUUUCCUUGGAGGGAAAAGUGGAUAAGAAAAGUAGCUAUUUUUGAAAUUUUUAUUUUUUGACAAUUAAAUCCGGUUUUUUUUAGAUGGAACAUUUAUAUUAAUGCGAAUUUAUUGUUUUUGUUUUUUAGUUUUUUUUUUGUGGAAUAUAUUUCAUGAAAAAUUCCUCUAAGUUCAAGAGUUUAUUUCUCCAACAUCGGUCAAUCAUAUUAAGAACAUAAGAGUAUUAAGAGUCAUACCCCAACCCGGCUCUUGAUGUUGUUUACAACCCCUAACUAUAAAAAAUACUCUUUAAAUUAGAACAAUGGUAAUAUGAAUGUUAUGAACGCCCCUAAUAACCCAAAUUACAUUAUAAUCAAUAUUAUUCAGUUCUAUCCAACAUUUCCUAUAGGAGUAUAGUGUUUAACAUUAACUUUCAUGAGUUCAUCUACCAGCUUAAGUCUCUUGCUUGACUUAACAAUUUCUGAAAUUCAUAUCAGCUUAUGUUUGAACUUGAAAGCAUUUCUGAACUUUCGAAAGUGAAGCAUCUUAUAAAGAAAAUCCCAUCAGGUCUUCACCAUACCUUCGCAUGAUUCAAUAGGCACAUUUUUUAAAUGAUAUUGGGCAUUUAUUAACUUCAUGAUAAU